AUGAGCUCUCCCCUUCGACCAAACAUGUCGGCGGCAAACCGCGGUCGCCCGGCCGCAGGUGGUGGUAGAAAGCGAGGAAGAGACGCAGACGAUGACAUCCCCUCCAGCAACGCACCGCCAUCAAGCCCUCCCGCAUCAUCACCACCAGUAUUCCCUCGAGGCGACGACAUUGACGAAGAUGACAACCUGGACCCUGAAGACCUGAUCCAGGACAUUGACGAUGCAGACGAGAUGGCCGAGGACGAUGCUGGCAUUGACCUUUUUGGCGACAACUUCGACCGCGAUUACGAGAGACGAGAAGAGCAAGGCUACGUUGGCGCAGAUAUCGAUGAUGACGAGGACUACGAUCAGAUGGACCCAGCCGCCAGGAGAGCGCUCGAAGCACGACUCAACAGACGCGAUAGAGAGCUCGCUCGCGAACGAAAGAUGCCCAAUGCUUUCUUGCCGGAUGAAGAAGAGGAUGUUAUGGACCUUACACGCCAGCCACGCAGACGACGACACAGAUUCGAUGAAGACCAGGACGACAUUGACAUGCACGAGGAUAUCAUGAACGAGGAGCUUUCUCUCGAAGCAUUGGCAGAUGUCAAAGCUAGCAGCUUGACUGACUGGGUAUCGCAACCAGCUGUGCACAAGACAAUUGCUCGCGAGUUCAAGGCAUUCCUGACGGAGUACACUGACGCCUCUGGAACUUCCGUAUACGGUGUGCGCAUCAGGACACUUGGAGAAGUCAACGCAGAAUCGCUGGAAGUCGAUUGGGAGCAUCUUUCCGAAUCGAAGCCUACUCUGGCUUACUUCUUGGUCAACGUCCCCACGGAGGUGCUACCCAUCUUCGAUGCGGUCGCGCUGGAAGUGGCUCUAUACCACUACCCAGACUACGAGCGCAUCCACUUCGAGCUUCAUGUGCGCAUUACUAACCUGCCAGUCUCCUACACUCUGCGACAGCUGCGACAAAGCCAUCUCAAUUGCUUGCUGAGAGUCAGCGGAGUUGUCACAAGGCGGACGGGCGUGUUCCCACAGCUCAGGUAUGUCAAAUUUGACUGCACGAAAUGUGGCAUUACACUUGGACCUUUCCCGCAGGACAGCAACGCCGAAGUCAAGCUUUCGUUCUGCCAGAAUUGUCAAUCGCGAGGACCGUUCACACUCAACAGCGAGAAGACGGUGUAUCGCAACUACCAGAAGCUUACUCUGCAGGAGUCACCCGGCACAGUCCCAGCAGGUCGUCUUCCGCGGCACAGAGAGGUCAUCCUGCUUUGGGACUUGAUAGAUUCGGCCAAGCCUGGCGAGGAGGUCGAGAUCACUGGUGUCUACCGCAACAACUACGACGCCCAGCUGAACAACAAGAACGGAUUCCCCGUCUUUGCGACGAUCCUCGAAGCAAAUCAUGUCGUAAAGUCUCAUGAUCAGCUGGCAGGCUUCAGGCUGACAGAGGAGGAUGAGCGAGAGAUUCGUGCUCUGAGCAAAGACCCAAAGAUCGUGGACAAGAUCAUCAGCUCGAUCGCACCAUCCAUCUACGGUCACAACGACAUCAAGACCGCCGUUGCGUUGUCGCUAUUCGGCGGUGUCUCCAAGGAAGCUCAAGGCAAGCAUUCUAUCCGUGGUGACAUCAACAUUCUACUACUUGGUGACCCCGGAACAGCCAAAUCGCAGGUUCUUAAAUACAUUGAGAACACAGCACGUCGUGCUGUCUUCGCCACUGGUCAAGGUGCUUCUGCAGUUGGUCUUACAGCUUCCGUUCGACGUGAUCCACUUACUUCCGAAUGGACACUCGAGGGCGGUGCUCUUGUGCUCGCUGACAAGGGAACAUGCUUGAUCGACGAAUUCGACAAAAUGAACGACCAGGACCGAACAUCCAUCCACGAGGCUAUGGAGCAGCAGACAAUUUCCAUCUCGAAGGCUGGUAUCGUAACAACCCUCCAAGCUCGCUGUGCAGUCAUCGCCGCUGCCAAUCCCAUCGGUGGUCGCUACAACGCUACAGUGCCCUUCAGCCAGAACGUCGAGCUCACAGAACCCAUCUUGUCCCGUUUCGACAUCCUCUGCGUCGUGCGCGACACCGUUGAUCCUGCCGAAGACGAGCGCCUCGCCAACUUCGUCGUCAACAGCCACGGUCGCGCACACCCCGUCAUGAGCUCUUCACUCGGAGCACAGACUCAGACCACCGCAGCCAACGACAGCCAGAUGGACGUCGAUGGCGACGAGAGCCAAACUUCUGGACGACCCAAGACCGAGAUUCCACAAGAACUGCUCAGGAAGUACAUUCUGUACGCCCGCGAGCACUGCCGGCCUAAGCUAUAUCAGAUUGAUCAGGACAAGAUUGCGCGCCUCUUUGCGGAUAUGCGUAGGGAAUCUCUCGCAACCGGCGCGUACCCCAUUACAGUCCGUCAUCUCGAGUCGAUUUUGCGAAUCAGCGAGUCCUUCGCCAAGAUGCGCCUGAGCGAAUACUGCAAUGCCGUCGACAUUGAUCGAGCUAUUGCCGUGGCCGUGGACAGCUUCGUAGGCUCCCAGAAGGUGUCGUGUAAGAAGGCGUUGGCCCGUGCUUUUGCCAAGUACACCCUUUCUCGGCCGGGUGCGGUCAGGAAUCGAGGUGGAAGGAGCAGGAGGGAUGAGGUUAGUGUGGGUGCGUGA